GACGUCGAUGCAUAGCAAAAUAAAAUACUUGCCUUUUGUAGUGUAGGACACCUUUCUACUCUCAGAGAGUAAAGUAAGGACGUGGUCUACAGCGAGAGAGGGCCAAAUCACCAUGUUCCAUUACAAAACUGUUGUCGUUCAUCACUGUGGUCGUUUCCAAUGGGGAUACAUAAUAUAUUUUGUUUUCUUGUUAACAUUUCUCCUACAGAUGGCUUUUACUUUCACAUCGAGAUAUUCAGUGCUUAAGUUUCAGAAAUCACGGACCUUUGAGCAAAAAAUGCUUGCGCUGAAAACUGAGAAUACUGAUUCCUCAAAGUCAGAGAAGGCGAUCGUUUUUGACAAUGAAAACCGGAGGUCUUCAACGCCUCUUAUAAAAACGAAAGUGGCGAGAAAGGAUGAUACCUGGAACGCCCCUGAAUCUUUGACUUUCUCCGGGACCACACCGAAAUCUUGGAUGUUGUCCAAAAUACCACCCGACAACUGUAGCCAGCUUUUCUCUGACGAAGCUGCGACAAGAAAAUGGGCUGUGUCUAGUUUCCGUCGAUUUUGCAGCUUGGAUUCCGUCUACCCCAUACCCCAGAGUAUUUCUAAACAGAAAAACAGAGUGAUGUUCCAGAUAUGUAAGGGAUUGCUGCGACCGGUUCGAAGAGUCAGCAAGGCUUGUCCGAGAGACCCGGCUAUAGCCCCUUAUACUCUACCCAGAACCGGUUUGAUCAGCUUUCCUGGUUCCGGCAAUACGUGGACCAGGCACCUGAUACAACAACUGACAGAAAAUUUCGAAAAGAUUUUGCUGAUAGUGAGGAAUCCGUACGACGCCCUGGUGUCUGAGUACAAGCGAGGUCGUCUUGGUAUGUCCCACACUGGUGAUGCUUUCAUCAAACAGACGUCAUUAGAUUGGCAGACCUAUGUGGAGCACAAGGGGAGGUCUUGGGGUAGGAUGAUCUUCCGGGUGUUGCAGCAUCCUGUGCCUGUCCUUGUGGUCUACUAUGAAGACAUGAAGAACAACCUACUGCCAGAGCUGAUUAAGAUUGCCGAUUUUCUGAAAACGUCGCAGCUGUCCCAAUUCUCUCUAUGCUGUGCCAUGAGAAAUCAGGAAGGCCGUCACCACAGGAACGCGUCCCUUCAACACUCGUUGUAUGACAACAAACGACGGGGAACUGUAAACUCUGUUAUUAAAGAUAUUGUUGACAAGUUGAGGAUCACACACCAAGCAGUAGCUGACAGGAUAAAGAUGUACACAUUGGUGGAUCCAGGCAAAGCACCCUGA